CGCCCGCUCUGUACGGCGACGCGGGCAGGGCCCGCCGCGCUACGGCGGGCAAGGCUGGGGCGGCGUCAGCGGGCGCGCAGUGCCGGCUCCAGGGCUUUAAAGCAGCGUGUAAGCUGAGAUGCUACCACAGACAGCGGCGCGGCGGCGGCCGCAGCAACAGCAGCAGCUCCCCGAGCUCAGACGGGCGCCCGCCUUUCGCCCCCGCCGCGCCGCGGGGCAUGAGAGCGGUCGCCCCGCAGGUCUAGGUAACCCCCGGGCCUCAUGGCGGCUGCCCGCGCCCUCCUUCUUCUUCUCCUCCUCCUCUUCUGCCUGCCGGGGCUGCGGCGAGGGGCGCGGGGCGGCGGGCAGCGCCCGCGGGGCUGCCCGGCUCCGUGCCGCUGCGAGCAGGAGGGUAUGCUCCUCCGCGCCGACUGCUCCGACCUGGGGCUCACGGCCGUGCCCGCCAACCUCAGCGUCUUCACCUCUUACCUUGAUCUCAGUAUGAACAACAUUACUAAGCUGCCCUCAAACCCUGUGCACAAUCUCCGCUUCCUGGAAGAGCUACGUCUUGCAGGAAAUGGCUUGACAUACAUUCCUAAGGGAGCAUUUGCUGGCCUUUUCAGUCUUAAAGUGCUGAUGCUGCAGAAUAACCAACUACGCCAGGUUCCUACUGAAGCACUCCAGAACUUGCGCAGCCUGCAGUCUCUACGUUUGGAUGCCAACCACAUCAACUAUGUGCCCCCCAACUGCUUCAAUGGCUUGGUCUCCCUUAGACACCUGUGGCUAGAUGAUAAUUCUUUGACAGAAAUUCCCGUCCAAGCUUUUAGAAGUUUACCAGCACUUCAGGCAAUGACAUUGGCACUGAAUAAAAUUCAUUACAUACCAGACUAUGCUUUUGGAAACCUCUCUAGUUUGGUAGUUCUACAUCUCCAUAACAAUAGAAUCUACUCCCUGGGAAAGAAAUGCUUUGAUGGGCUCCACAGCCUAGAGACUUUAGAUUUAAAUUACAACAGUCUGGACGAGUUCCCCACUGCUAUCAGGACACUAACAAACCUAAAAGAACUGGGAUUUCAUAGCAAUAACAUCAAGUCAAUACCUGAGCGUGCAUUUGUGGGUAAUCCAUCACUUAUUACAAUACAUUUUUAUGAUAACCCGAUCCAGCUUGUUGGAAAAUCUGCUUUUCAACACUUACCAGAACUCAGAACUCUGACUUUAAAUGGUGCUUCACAGAUAACAGAGUUUCCUGAUCUGACAGGGACUACAAGUCUGGAGAGUUUGACACUCACAGGAGCACAGAUCACCUCUCUCCCCAAAUCAGCUUGUGACCAGUUACCUAAUCUCCAAGUGCUGGAUCUGUCUUAUAAUCUGCUGGAAGAUUUACCGUGUUUUACUGCAUGUAGAAAACUCCAAAAAAUUGACUUGCAUCACAAUGAAAUCGGUGAAAUCAAAGCAGACACAUUUCAGCAGCUGGCUGCUCUUCGGUCUCUGGAUUUAGCUUGGAACAAAAUUAAAAUUAUUCACCCCAAUGCCUUCUCCUCUUUACCAUCUCUGAUCAAACUGGAUGUGUCAUCCAACCUUUUGUCCUCUUUUCCUGUGACGGGGCUACAUGGUUUAACUCAUUUAAAAUUAACAGGAAAUCAUGCCCUACAAAGUUUGAUAUCAUCUGAAAAUUUUCCAGAGCUCAAGGUCAUGGAAAUGCCUUAUGCUUAUCAGUGCUGUGCCUUUGGAGCUUGUGAGAGCCACUACAAAUUCUCCAGCCAGUGGAGCAAAGAAGAGAAUAGCAGCAUUGAUGAUUUUCACAGGAAGGAUGCUGGGUUAUUACAAAUUCAAGAUGAGCGUGACUUUGAAGAUUUUUUUCUUGACUUUGAAGAAGAUUUGAAAGCUCAUCAUUCAGUGCAAUGCUCACCUUCUCCAGGUCCCUUCAAACCAUGUGACCAUCUGUUUGGUAGCUGGCUGAUCAGAAUUGGAGUGUGGACCGUAGUGGGUUUGACCUUUAUUUGCAAUGCACUGGUGUCCGCUACAGUUUUCAGAUCUCCAUUGUAUAUGUCCUCCAUAAAACUUUUGAUCGGUUUAAUAGCUAUUGUAAAUGCCUUGAUGGGUCUGGCUAGUGGAGUACUGGCUAGCGUGGAUGCCUCAACUUUUGGUAGCUUUGCUCAGUAUGGAGCACAGUGGGAAAGUGGAAUUGGUUGCCAAAUAACUGGCCUUCUCUCCAUUUUUGCUUCAGAGGCUUCCAUUUUCCUCCUUACCCUAGCUGCACUUGAACGUGCAUUCUCUGUAAAGCAUGCUACAAAGUUUGAAACAAAAUCCUCCAUUGCUAGUGUAAAAAUUGCCAUUUUCUUUUGCUUUAUGUUGGCACUAAUCAUUGCAGUGGUACCACUCCUUACUGGGAGUGAGUAUGGGGUUUCUCCGCUUUGUUUACCACUACCAUUUGGAGAACCCAGUGCUAUGGGCUACAUGGUAGCACUGGUAUUGCUGAACUCCCUUUGUUUUCUGGUAAUGACUAUUGCUUAUACAAAGCUCUACUGUAGUUUAGAAAAGGGAGAACUAGACAACAUUUGGGAUUGCUCUAUGGUCAAACAUAUAGCCUUGCUACUUUUUACUAAUUGCAUUCUUUAUUGCCCUGUGGCCUUCUUAUCUUUUUCCUCCUUACUAAACCUCACUUUUAUCAGCCCAGAAGUGAUUAAGUCAAUACUGCUAGUGAUUGUCCCACUGCCUGCAUGUCUAAACCCACUCCUUUAUAUACUUUUCAAUCCACACUUUAAGGAGGACUUGGGAAGUCUGCGAAAGCAAACUUUGUUAUGGAGGAGAUCAAAACAUGCUAGUCUGAUCUCUGUGAAUUCAGAAGACAUAGAAAAACAGUCUUGUGACUCAACACAAGCAUUGGUAACGUUCACAAGUGCCAGCAUAUCAUAUGAUAUGCCUACCAGCAAUUCACUAAUGCCAUCAUCUUAUCAAAUGACAGAAAGCUGCAAUCUUUCAUCAGUUGCGUUUGUUCCAUGUCGCUAGUUUCAGUGGCAGUACAGAAAAUACCUAUGUUUACAAAAUUUUUAAUCCCGAAAGUAAGUAUGGAUGGGUGCAUACAAACUAGAGAGUGCCUCUGAGUUAUUGUUGCACACAUCAGAAAACAAUGACAAAACUUGCAGCAGGCUGAAAAUCCAAUACUUGAGCCUUCUCAGCCUGCUUCCAAAAUGCUGGGAUGAAGAGAGAAACUGAAAGCUGCUGCAUUUUGUGCAGUUGUAUCAGCUGCUCUCUUUUAAAGUAGCACUACUCAGAAAGGGCUUCAGUUGGCCAAGAGCAAAAAUAGCAUGUUAAAUUGUUUUCCGAGCACCACCUGAUACAGUUUGUUUUCAGGGGUUGGGGUUUUUUUCCUGUUUACUGUAAUUUGGUUUUAAUAAUAGUUUUUCAGUGCCAUGAUUGUUUUUAUAAGCAUCUGUGUAUGGUCGUCAUUCAGCAAGGUAACUAAAUGGAGGAGUAAUCCUGUUCAAGUCCUAAAGGUUUCUGCAGAAUAGACUUUGAUGAAGUUCCAUGUUUGAUAAAGCUGAUUUAAUAGUUUAACGGGCAUUGGGUUUGUUUUUUAGAAGUCAUCUGACUUGACAAAGCAUUUUUAAUUGUCAGCUAAACCUACAAAAUUAACAUGGUGUGAAAGAAGUUAAUCAAGAUCCUGUCAAGCGCUUAAAAUGUAAUUGUAAAUGGCAAGCCAUUGUCACAUGGGUAUUUUUCUAGUGAGGUUCUGCACAGUUUGGUCCUGAAUUGCUACCAUGCCAGUAGAAUUACUCCCAGAAUUACUGCUGAUAAAAUUGGCAGAUGACUCAUAGAAUUUGAAGGUGGAAAAUACUGCAUAGAAAGUCAUCAAUACAAAAAGACUGGCAUGCUGAGGGCAAUUAAAGGACACCAAAGGCACUCACAUAGAAACAUUCAUUUAAGGUAAUUUGUCUAGGAACAAAAACUGUAGUCCUGCUUAUGGCAUGAUCUGCAUCCUAUGAAACAGUGAUUCUAGAAAGCUUCUAGUUCAUGGUCACUAGUCAGUCAAAGAUUUAGAGGCCACUGUGUCCUUCUGGGUAAGGAUAGCCAAUAUCCUUAGCCAAGGCAAUGUCAAGUAAGAGUGAAGAGGUUGUAUGAUCUGUGUUCUUAGUGCUGAUGCAAGCACUACUGGGAUAAUUCAAACAGUUCUUGCAUUCACAUGCUGUAAAGACCAUUGUGAAAUUGAAGAGGAUAUGAAUAUCAUAAAUUUAAAGUAGCUUAAGAAAGAAUUGAUUUGAUUACAGUUUGUAAGUAGCUACUUCUGGGAAACAGAAGUUUGAGAGCAGAGAACUACUUAUUCAAGAGGAGAAGAAUCUGGCAAGAUCAACUGGAAGUUGACACUAGGGAUAUGCAGCAUAGAAAUAAAGGUGCAAAUUGUUGACAGUGAUGGUCAUUAGCUAGUGGAACUAUCUGUCACCAAAAAUCUCUAAAUUCAAAUUGGAUAUAUUGCAAAAAAAUUUAUUGGAGCAGCUGUCAGAAUUCAGGGACUUCUGAUGGCUUUAGUUUAGGAAAAAGUUAGAUUAGAUUAACACAGAGUUUCUCUCUGGCUUUAAAUCUGUUAAUACUUUGCUGAAUCAAGGCAUGUAUGUUUACAUAUCAGAAGGAUCCCAGUUAGAGAGAAUAGACUUCAGGUCUUUGACAAGUCUAAUGUCAAAAUAUCUCGGACAACAGAGCUACCUUCACUUCCCUAGAAUAUCAGUCUUUGACCCUGGCCAAGCCAUCAGCGGAUAUUCCAGUAUUCUUUUCUCAGAGCUGGCACCUUUUGCUCAAGUGAGCUGAUCAUUUAAGACACGAAAGUGCACAAAUUUACUUUUUUUUAUUGUUAAAAAUAGCUCCCUGAGGAGUAACAUUUAAUAGCCCAGUACUCGCUGCUCAGUUAAUGGCCACUCAACCUCCAGGUGAACGAGACUAAUUUUUGAACAUUACCAAGGUUAGGCUAGCCCAGUAAUUAAGGUAAUCAGUUACAGAUGAUCUCUGUUGUUCAUCUGUUACUGUAUAUAAAACGUCCUGGGACUCAAAGGAUGUAUUUUCACAAUGAAGAAUUUGUUGCCAAUGAUGGAUAUGCCUUGAUUUUCCUGUCCAUUCACACUGGCAUAUUUUUAGUUUUGCAGUUACAGAUGGCAUCAGUUGAUUUUGGCUGACAUGUUCAUCCUUCAGGAAAAAAAAAUGAACCAAUGCCGAAAUUAUGUAUGAUAAAGUCAGCUGAGUACUUAUCUUAAUCCUUUAUCUCUUGUGGCUUUUGAAGCAGUGCAGCAUACAGCUGGAGAACGAUGCCUGAAACCACUUUGGAUUAAACAGAGGAUCAGUCAACCAUUGCACAAUACCUAUUACCGUGUUUACUUAGCUUUAAUUUAACUGGGGUCCAUCUGUGCUGCACUGCUUAAUGUCAGUGAAAUUCCUUUCAGCUCGCUAUAUUUAAGAAGUUUGUAAAGUGAUUUGAGAAGCAAAAUAAUGUUAUAAUUCUAAAGACUAGUUAAAGAAAGCUUCUUUUAUCAGAACUUUUGUAGCUUGCAGAAAGUCCUAAAGGCUUUGUGUCUUAUUUUUAUAAGCAUGUUUGAAAUAUUUUGAUCAGAUAUUUUAAACUUGAAAUUGUUAAAAUUCAUUUAAUAGAUUUUUAAAGUAAAAUGUGUAAAUAUAGAACUGUAUUUAUUAUUACAGUGAAAUGCAACCACAGCAAAGUACGUGAGAUUAAGCCCUGUACAGUUUCAUAUUGAUAUUUGCUAUAUUUUCUGCUCAUAUAUAUUGCUAAAUUCAUUAUCUGUAAAUAACAUAAUGUAAAUGUGUAGUGAUUGUAAAUAGGUGACAUGCUUUCUUUUCUAUCAGUGUUCCAAACAUAUGUAAGUUGUAAUAAAAUGUGACUACACGGUAAAGAGCAUUUAAUCGGGACCUAACACCUCA